UUGACAAUGAAACAAAAAUGACGUGGAGUUCUAGGUUAUAAGUUUGUUUAAUAGUAUUUAAAAUAAUAUCAGGUCAAUUAAACAGCCUGAAUUAAUUAAGCAGUGACGUGAAAGUUUAUUAUUAAAUAUGCUUGAGAUAACGGAUACACAGAAGAUUGGCGUAGGCCUAGCUGGUUUCGGAAUGACAUUUCUAUUCCUCGGAGUACUUCUGUUGUUCGAUAAAGGUCUCCUAGCCAUUGGCAAUAUCCUGUUCAUAAGUGGUCUGACAUGUGUGAUCGGCAUCCAGAGGACGUUUUUCUUCUUCUUCCAACGGCACAAGCUGAAGGCGUCCGUCGCCUUCUUCAGUGGGAUCACUAUAGUACUGCUCGGCUGGCCCAUGAUCGGGAUGAUAGCCGAGAUGUACGGCUUCUUGCUGUUGUUCAGAGGAUUCCUGCCUUCUGCCAUUAAUUUCUUAAGGAUGGUACCAGUUUUGGGGUCGCUACUGAAUCUUCCGAUAAUAAGAGGGAUCGUCGAUAGGAUAGCGGGAAACAAUGGUCGGAACAUGGAUGACGAUCCUUAAUGCACGGGGUUUUGAAGGGAUUUGGCGCGAGAAUCACGAAUUUACUAAUACCUACCGAUUAUGUAAUAAUAUGUAUUAUUACAAUUCGAUAUACAUAUAAAUAUGAAUUAGCAUUCCAAAAUUGAAAAUACAAAUGAUUCUUA